CAUUGCGAUGAAUGGGAAGUGGGAUUGUAACUUUACCAAGGAAUGUUUAGGUGUAGAAAAGCUCUAGAAUAGUUUACAACGAAAUCGAAGUGCCUGUAUUUCGGAUAUUCGGUGAUAAUGGCGAUGUCUGAAACGCAUCGUGAAUUUAUAAGAAAAAACAGGGAAUAUAUCAAAAGAAAUCUUGAGGUUGAUGCUGUUUGGCCACAAAUGACGGACGUUCUGGAUCGUAACUGCGAAGACAAAAUUCGAGCAGAAUCCACCCCUGAAGCUCGUACUUUGGAACUUCUUAAUUUGCUGCAUCGGCGAGGAGAUGAAGCAUUUAUAUCCUUUAUUAGAGCGACACUUAAAGUUCAAAGAUGGGUUGGGGAAUACUUGGCUGACUUAGCCGGACUUAAUGUGAACCAUAUACUUCCAAAUGCCACGCAAAGAGAAACUGAAGAGCCUGGAAUGAAAGAGGUCCAUCGUCAAAUUCUUGUGAGCCGUUUGUCCACAUUUAAGCAAUCACUUAAUGUCACUGAAAUGGUUGAAAGUUUAUCCAACAAUGUGGCGAUCACAAGCAGAAAUCCUGGUGUCAACAUCAGAGCUGUGUUGCAAGAACUAUCUUUUGACAAAAAAGUGGAAAAGCUUAUAUGUGAUGUGCUUCCGCGUUUAGGGCCUGAUGCAUUCCAAUGUUUUUUCAAAACCUUAGAUAUAAAUCAGCCGCAACUUGCCCAUGAUUUGAGGCAGUCAAUAAAAGCUACUCAUUCUGGUGAACUAAUUGAUGAGAGACAAUUCUAUCAGGAGUCAACAAAUGCUCAUCUGACUGGGCAGACCACAGCCCAGUUUAAUCUUGAAAUGACCUGUUCAGAUCUACCUGACCAUGUUCAAAGAAAGUUAGAAGAACGCUUAAACAAAGGCAAUGAGUUAUUAGAGAAUGACUGGAGAAGCCUGUACAAAGCAGUGAAUUUGCCACAAGGUAAAGAAAACAUCAUUGCUGAAAAUUCUCUGGUAACCCCACACGAUAUGUGUUGGACACUUGGUUUGAUAGAGACGGACAACAUGCCAAUCUGCCUGAUCAAGUUCCAAGACACCGUUGAUGGAAUCAUGCAGUUAAAUGAAAACGAGAAAAGAACUGUAGACGAUGAAAGAAGUUUGGGUGAACUUCCAAAAACAGCUUCUGAAGAAAAGGAAUCGUUGCUAUAUCUACUAAAUGAUAAUGACAGUGAUGCUGAUAUUGGUAUAACGUCUUCUACAUCAGGACCUAAAUUGCUGUCUCAACCAUGGAAAUGUUAUGAUAAAUCAACAAUGCACCAGCAAAAGUUCGGAAUGAUGGAAGAAUAUGGGAAGAAAAAUCCAAGAAAAGUUAAACUCGUAAAUGGUGUAAAGGUUAUUUGUUCUGAAGAGUUUUUGCUUGGUAUGGGAAGUGAUGGAACUCGUGUUUACCUUGGACUCGGAAAAGAUGGUUACGGAAAAGCAGUAAAACGAUUGCUUCGAGAUAACUGCGCGGAGUUAGCCAAACGAGAAAAAGAAAUUUUGAAUGAGUUGAAUGCAAAGCGUUCAAAUUAUGUUGUGAAUUAUUGGUAUCUCGAAGAAGAACCAGGCACAGAUUAUUUGUAUUUGAUAUUAGAUUUGUGUGAAGAAUCGUUAGAAAGUUUUGUGAAAUCUUCUACUUUGCAAUAUCUUCAAAAAGCACUUCCUACAAUUCUUAUGCAGAUUUUAAAAGGUUUAGCUGAUCUUCACAGCGGUGAGCGUCCUAUUCUUCAUCGGGAUUUAAGACCCUCGAACGUUCUUCGAGAUGUACAAGGAAAUUUUUUAAUCGCUGACUUUGGUAUAAGUCAUAUGUUAUCUGAUGAAUCUUCGACAUAUUGGAGCAUACAAAGAGGAGCUAAAUAUUGGAUAGCUCCAGAGUCAUAUGACGCAUCAGAUGAUACAAUUAAUAAAGUUCGUUACAAAAAAGAGUCUGACAUUAUGAAUGCAGGAAUGGUGGCUUAUUAUGUUGCAACAAAAGGGAAACAUCCUUUUGGACCUCCAGAGUAUAGACUGAAAAACUUGUUACAUGGAAUCCCUGUUGGCUUAAAGGAAAUCAAAGAUGCUUCACUUGAAGAUCUUCUAUCAUGGAUGCUACAGGUAGAACCCAAACUACGACCAAAUGCCAACGAGGCGUUAAAACACCCUUAUCUACAAUCCCAAGAAGAGAAAUUUAGCAUACUAUGUGAUAUGGGAAACCAACUGGAAAUGAUACAAUCACAAGGUCAUAGCUCUCCGAAUUCACAUGUUGUUGCGCAAUUGUAUGCUCCCAUGGAAUGGAUGACGCGUAUCGAUGAUGAAGUCUUGAAAGAUUUCAAAACCUUAAAAAAGAAUGGCAAACAGAAAAAUCUGACUUACGAGCCUACAUGGGCAAGGUGUUUAAGAUUCAUAAGAAACGUGAAUGAGCAUUGGAACGAUAAACCUCGUACACAUCUGUUGCGUUAUGUCAAGGAAGGCAACUAUGUAGACUACUUCUUGCAACGUUUUCCUGAACUGCCUCUUUUGGUGCAUAAAAUUAUUAGAUCGUCUGAAUGGAAAACAAGACCUGAUCUCAAAAAACAUUUUACGAAGUCAAGUUCAUUUUCGUAUACCUGUCUUGAAGAACCAAGAAGCAGUGCAUCAACAUUCAAAGUCGAAGAAAAGAGAAAAAUUAAUCUUCUGAGUGCCGAGUCAACUUCAAAAAUUGUUGGGUUCUCGCAAGAAUGGAAUUGCGUUGACAAAUCAGUGAUGCAUCGCGAAAAGUUUGAAAUGAUGCAAAAACAUUGGCUUGAACAUCCAGGUGAUAUUAGAAUUAAAGGCGAUGUACGUGUGAUUUUCAUGAAAGAGUUCUUGAUUGGCAAAGGAAGUGGUGGAACCUGUGUUUUUCUUGGUUUGGGAAGGGAUGGUUAUGGAAAAGCUGUAAAACGAAUCCUUAAAUAUAACGAUACCUAUCAUGCUCUACAAGAAAAGAAUAUUUUGAAUAACCCAAAGGCAAAGAAGUCUAAGCAUGUUGUAAAGUAUUGGAACUUCGUAGAAGAGGAAGAUGAAGAUUUUGUCUAUUUGAUAUUAGACUUGUGCGAACAAACUUUGACAAGUUUUGUUAAGUCUACUAGUUUAGAUAAACUUUACAAAGCCCUUCCCGAAAUCCUUAGACAAAUUUUAAGUGGAUUAUCUGAUCUUCAUAGUCGCCCAAAUUCUAUUCUUCAUCGAGAUUUAAAGCCUUCUAAUUUUCUUCGAGACGUGGAAGGCAAAUUUAUGAUAGCUGACUUUGGCCUUAGUCGAAUAUUGAAAAGUAAAUCAACACAUCAAAGCAGUUCUGGUAGAGGAACUUAUGGUUGGUCCGCUCCUGAAUCCUUGGGUGAAGGUCGUUACAAGAAAAAGUCUAAUAUAAUGAGUGCAGGAAUGGUGGCUUAUUAUGUUGCAACAAAAGAGGAACAUGCUUUUGGACCUUUAGAGUAUAGACUGAAAAACUUGUUCGAUGGAAACCCUGUUGGCUUGAAGAAAAUUGAUGACUUUCAACUUGAAGAUCUUCUUUCAUGGAUGCUACAGCAUGAGCCUAAACUCAGGCCAUCAGCCAACGAGGCGUUAAAACAUCCUUAUCUACAAUCCGAUGAGGAGAAGUUUGACAUGCUGUGUGAUGUUGGGAACCAACUGGAAAUAAAACAACCACAAUAUCAAAUUUCAGAUGUUCGUAAGCAGUUGGAUUGUCAUUCAAAAUGGAUGGACCUUAUCGACGAUGAAGUAUUCGAAGAUUUCACAACUUCUCAAAGUAGUAACAGAAAAGUUAAUUAUGAGUCAUCAUGGGCAAGUUGUUUAAGAUUUAUACGAAACGUUGGCCAGCAUUGGAAGGAUAAGCUUCGUCCACAUCUAUCGCCAUAUGUUAAAGAAGGAAACUAUAAAAAGUACUUUUUGCAACAUUUUCCUGACCUUCCUGUUCGUGUGCAUAAAAUCAUAAGGUCAACUGACUGGAAAACAAGACCUGAUCUCAAGAAACAUUUUACCUGAAACAUAAAUCCUGUGAAAAUUGAAGGAAGUCAAUGGAAAGAAAAUUGAAGAUAUUAUUGACAACCGUAAUCUUGAUGGAAAAUGAAGUAUAACAAACUUUUAACUAAUCAUGUGCCACUUUCUAAUUGUUAACUUGAGUAACGACCAAGAAAUUGGUUCAUAAAGUCAUAUCAAGAAUUACUUGCAUGUAUAGUCACUGAAGUAUGGAUUAUUAAUAAACUUAAAUUCUAUCAUA